CCAGAAGCGCCGUGAAAACAGAAACCCAAACCGGUCAUGGAGGCUAGUUAACGACUGUGCGCCGCGCUUGCGAAUAGUAAUUUCAUCGAGAUAUUGUGAUAUUACACGGACGCCAGAGAAUCAACAGAAAUAUUGCCGGUUUAAACGAAAAUGGGUGCAUACUUGUCAGAACCAAUUACAAAGAAAGUGUCGAGCGACCAAGUAGGCAAGAAUGUCGCAUUCGGCGCGAGUUCCAUGCAAGGCUGGCGAAUUAGUCAAGAGGAUGCACAUAAUUGUUGUAUAGAUUUUGAUGAAAAUGUUUCAUUAUUUGCUGUAUAUGAUGGUCAUGGGGGACACGAAGUAGCUACUUACUGUGCAAGUAAUCUCCCAGAUUUUAUUAAACAAACCGAGGCAUACAAAAAAGGAGAUAUUAGGCAAGCUUUAAUAGAUGCCUUUUUAGGCUUUGAUGCUACACUCGAAAAACCUGAAGUAAUUAGUAUUCUUAAAGAAUUAGCAGGAACAUCCACUACAGAUAAUAAAAAAGAUGAUUUAAAUGAAUCUGAUGAGGAAGAGAAUGUUAAUAAUCUAUGUAUGGAAGCAACAAUGCCAUUAGAAGAAGUAAUGGCAAAGUAUCAAUCGGAAUCAAAUCCUCAAGUAAAAUCUUUGAAAAAUGAAAACUGCAAUAAAAGAACUUGUUCCGCAAGUCCUUACUUACGUGGACGAAGGGGUAGAGAGAAAGCAAGCUCGUCGUCGUCAGGGGCAGGAUGUUCUUCGUCUUCAUCCUCGUGGAAUACAAAUGAAGCUGAUGUAAGUAGUUCCAGUCAACCAUGCGGAUCAACUUUAUCUAGCACAAUGGAACGAAAAGAUUCUGAGUGUCCUGGUAACAAUGAGGCUGAACAAGUUCUUGAUUCGACUACCAGUAAUGGAAAUGUACACACAUCCCCGCCGGUAGGAUCAACAGCAGAUAUAGAACCAAUAAAGACUGCAGAUAUGCCUGAUAGUUCUGAGGAUAUAAACAAAAAAGUUACGAGUCCAGGAAAAAUUACGUGCGACGAAUCAAAUGAAAAUGAAGUAGAGUUAAAUGGUGCUGAAUCGAAACGAAUUGAAGAUGCAGACAGCAGUAAAGGUGGAGGUGACAAUGUGUCUAGCAGCUCGUGUAUUCCGGUUGAGAACGGAGAUGCGGGACAACAAGAAAGAAUAAGCAGUACUGGUAGAAGAAGGAUUCAGCCUAUCACUUUAUACCAUAAUCUUCUUAAAAAAGAUAGCGAAGAUUCAGAAGAAGAUGAUGACGAUGACGAAAAUGAUACAACCUUUGAUGGAGUUCCAGAAAGUUUUAGCGACGAAGAUGACACAGAAGACAUAGACGAAGAUGAAAGCGACGAAGACGAAGAAGAUGAAGAUGCAGAUGGCAAUAUUGAUGAUGAUGAAGAUGAUGAUGACGAUGAUGAUAGUGGGAGCCUCAUGAUGGAUAAAGAAGAGCCGGGUUAUGAUAGUGGAUGCACUGCAGUAGUUGCUGUGUUAAAAGGGAAUGAAUUAUACGUGGCAAAUGCUGGAGAUUCCCGUUGUGUUUUAUGUAGAGAUGGUCAAGCGGUUGAACUUAGUUUAGAUCACAAACCUGAAGAUGAACCAGAAAUGGAGCGCAUAGUAAAAGCUGGCGGAAAAGUUACCGCCGAUGGUAGAGUAAAUGGUGGCCUUAAUUUAUCAAGAGCGCUCGGGGACCAUGCUUAUAAACAAAAUGCAGAUUUGCCACCGCAAGAACAAAUGAUAUCGGCACUUCCGGAUGUCAGGCAUAUUACAAUUGAACCAGAAAAGGACGAGUUUAUGGUGCUUGCUUGUGAUGGUAUUUGGAAUUUCAUGUCAAGUCAAGAUGUUAUACAAUUUAUUCGUUCCCGCUUGACACAUAAUCACGAUAAACUAUCUCAAAUUUGUGAAGAGCUAUUUGAUCAUUGCCUUGCACCUGACACUUGUGGAGAUGGUACAGGUUGCGACAAUAUGACGGCUGUAAUAAUUCGAUUUAAACCACAAACUGAUACGGUAACAAACAGUAAUACCGUUGAGAUAUGUACUGCUAAAAGGUCGUUAUCACCAGCUAUAUCCGCGGAAGAAAGCAACGACUGCGUUAUACAAGAUGAUGCGGUGAAAUCUUGCAAACGCCUUAAGACCGAAGCAGCUAUGUGAGAUUUGUGUUAAAUGUUAUAAACUGAUCUCUGGAAACAGAUGAGUGAAUGUGAAUUUAUGUAAAAUUAUGUAAUUCUAUGGAACUGUGAAUUUCGAAUGGAUACUCGAUGGUGAUCGAUAACAGUUACAUCAAACAACAUGUAAAGUAUGUUAGUGUUGGCUAUUGGUGGCAGACUGAUAAAUUGGAGCACAUGAGGAUGAUAAUUCGUUGCUUCUGUUUUGAUUUUGUUUUUAUUUUUUUUUUAAUAUAUUAACUUACAAUUCGUACAUUUAAAAAUUAUUUAAUUACACCUAUUAAUGGUGGAUAGUGUAUUAUACGGUCUAACAUUUUGAUAAAAGCUUGUACAAAAUAUGUAAGACAGUCAUACAAACAUUCUGUAUAAUUAAUAAAGUAAUCGAUGUUUCUCUUUAUAAGUACUUUUUAUAGUAAUGAUAAGGUAGGUAAUAAGUAAUAAAAAAUAAAAUCAGUCUAAAAUCAUUUAUUAACCAGGAGAGUGUCAAGACCUUUAGAUCUAUUUAAUGUCUAAACGAAAUCAAUGACCCAAAGGUCUUUUCGCUUUCCUUGGAAGUCAGAGCCUCGUAAGAUUUCAUAAACAUCACGUACAAUAGCAGUUAUGUUAAAACUGAACAUUUUUUUUUAUAAAUUUUAAAUUUUUCGACUUUACAUAUUUAAAUAUCGUUGACUAUUUUGAUUUUCUUUAUUAAGUAAAACCUAAUUAUACAUCAUCCCAUUUGCUCCAUCAACAUUUAUGGAAUAUACUCUUUGAGUUUUUAGAUGACAUCCAUAGUAGAUAUGUAAUUGUACAUAUUUAUAAAUUUAGACUAUAGGAUUUAUAUUUGUAAUUCAACACGAUACCAUUUCUUAUUUUUACGAAAUAAAGUUUAUUUUUGAAUCCCUGGGUAUAGUGGUUGAAUGGAUGGGUGAGCGAAUAAUCUUAAAAACGUGAAAAACCGUAUUGUGUAACAAAGACGAUUGUGUAUUGCGCGUUGGUAAUUUGUGAUCUUGUACUAAAAGUACUGUUUAAAAGGGUAUGUAAUGUGUUGUGGAAUACUAUCUACUUAAACUGUUUUAAAUUUCAUUUCGAAUUUCUCAUAGUAUCGAAAGUGUUCCGUAAAUUAAUAACAUAAGAAAAAUAUUUAUUUAUGAA